AUGUUUGAUAUAAAAGAAGACUUUUUGGUGAGAUCCUCAUUCUUGACAGGGAAGGUACGAUGCGUGUCCUAGCUUUGUUGGCUCUUUGCGUCGCGGUUGUGGCCGCUGUCCCCAGCAGUACAAGGCUCGCCGGGGGAAAUUUUGUUAAUAUUAGCAGGUACCCCUCUCUAGCUUCUUUAACUGUCACAUGGAAUGGAGUGAACCACAACUUCCAAUGUGCCGCUGUCCUCAUCAACAACAGAUCAGCCGUAACAGCCGCCCACUGCGUCUACUACAGCCCUCCCAACCAGUUCCGUCUUCGUGUUGGCUCUUCAUACGUGAACAGUGGCGGAGUAAUGCACAACGUCAACUCCCUACGUUACCACCCCAACUACAGCGACUCCAGUUACCGUUAUGAUGUCGGUCUUGUGCGUACUUCUUCGAACAUAAACCAAAACAACAACGUUCGACCUGCCCCCAUCGCUGGAUCCAACUACAAUCUCGGUAACAACCAGAAUGUCUGGGCUACCGGCUGGCGUCACUCUUCCGGCAGCAACAACAACCGCCAAAUCGCUGACUCUCAGAUGCAGACGGUUAGCCAGAGCAACUGCAACUCUCGUUACUCGGGAGUCCAGUCCAUCUCCUCUGACAUGGUUUGCACCGGCUGGGCUAACCAGAACAGCAACGGCCAGUGCAACGGUGUGUUCGGAGCUGGUAUCUUCCACUCCGGCACUCUGGUCGGCGUCACCGCUCAGUGCAUGUCCUCUCGCCCUACCAUCAACACUCGCGUCUCCAGCUUCUCUUCCUGGAUCCAGUCCAACGCUUAAACUGUUCAAUAUAAUUAGUUUAUCACUCAAAAAAUGUUUCCAGCAUAUUGAUUUUGGAACUAUAAAUAAAAUGAAAGUACAAAAUUACUUGAUAACACGUUUAUAACCUGUGAUAAAGUCAUUUUUUGUGACAUUAUAAAUUGUUUGACU